AUGUGUGAAUAUACCAAAAACUUUUAUGUCUACACUUCAUGUACGGAUCCAGGAUCUCAUUUUUUUAGCACUUCUGUCGACGGAAAGAAAGAAAAACGUUGUGCCAGAGGUCCUCACGAGCGUUACAUAGUGGUACCUGGUCAUUGUCCACUCUGCUCAUAUCGAGUAUGA